AUGUCGAGUGAUUUCCGUAGAGCACAACACCUUCCCACAGAAACAGCUGAAUACCACUGUCAAAAGAAUGAAGUCCGACAUUUCGAUUUGAUUUUCUUCUGGAUCGUAACGGCCGAUUGGGCUGCCAACACAAAGAGACUCACCUGGAACCCAGCUGAAUCUCUCGUUUGUGAAGCUCUCAGGCAACUGGAUGUGCUGCAGCCAACCUCCUCGUGUUUCAGUCGUUACGAUAUUCGAGAUAUCGCGACACCCGUAGCACCAUUUCGGUACCUAGUUGCCAUGCUACCGGAAGGAGGCACGAGGGCUGGAAUACUGCCAGGUUAUCCAAGCCUAAACAAAAGCAGUCGAAAUGCUGAAAUUGGGCUCAAACCACGGACCUUCCGAUCCAAGUUUUGCCAACCUCUUCUUCGAACCUCGGUUGGAAAGACCUACAUAAACCCAAGAUGGACCAAGUGGUUAGAGCACCGAUUUACUGACCAGAAGUUCCGUGGUUCGAACCCGACCUCUGCUUCUCGACUUCCCUUGUCUAAAUUUGGGCGGCCUGGCAUUGUCCCAGGCCUCCCCACGACCGGUUUCGCGCUUCUUGGGACUCAUCAGGUUGGCGCAGUCCCCGAGCUCCCGUCAACCCUGUUUUACUUGAAACCGAAUUGCACGAAAUUAGCGAAAUACACUCAUUUGCAAAACUGGCUUCAUUGCCUUACGGUGGCUCGUGAAACAGCGACUCGAGAGCAGCAAGCGGGAUUUUGGCAAAGCAGGGGUUGCGUUGACCAAAUCUUCACACACCGUCAGAUGCUAGAACGCCAUUCCUAUACGCGACCCACAAUUAUAGUAUUCCUGGAUUUCCAAUGCCUGUUCUGUUUGACACGCUUGUCCAUCAAGGAAUCUUUGUGA